CUACUAUUGUUCGUGAUGUUAUCAGUUCUUUCUUUAUACAAAAAGUGUAAUUCUUCGGCAAGGUUUAUUCUUCGUAUAUCCCGAGAAGUAUUCACCAAGUGAAAGGAAAUUCAUCAAGAAGAUGAAUCAAUCGGAUAGAUAUGCAUCGUUUAGUGAAACUGGCCUCGAUGGACCCGAUCAAGUACUACUUACGGACGCAGAUACCACGUGUAAUGCCGAUGGUAGAGUACGAAUAAAGUUAGAUAGCAAUGAAUCCAAUUCAUACCAACCCGUAUCAAUCCCUGGAGUUUUGACUAAAACAGCAAAGAUUUACCCUGAUCACAUAGCGUUGGUGUCUAGACCUGAUGUCAACGGCAAAAGAACCACGUAUACUUUCCAAGAAUACGAAUCUACUGUAAGAAUCGUCGCAAAAGCGUUUCUAAAGUUAGGUUUAGAGCGAUAUCACAGCGUCUGCAUAAUAGGAUUCAAUAGUCCCGAAUGGUUCAUUACCGAACUCGCGACUAUAUACGCUGGUGGAAUCGCUACAGGGAUUUAUACCACAAAUUCUCCGGAGGCAUGCCAAUAUUGCGCUGAGCACAGUCGAGCAAAUAUAAUAGUCGUUGAAGAUGAAAAGCAAUUGCUGAAAAUCUUGCAAAUAAAACACAAUUUGCCUCACUUGAAAGCAAUUGUUCAAUAUAAUGGCAUACCUACCGAAAAGGAUAUCUUAAGUUGGGGCGAUUUAUUGGACAUAGGUAAAAAAGAAUCGGAGGAUAAAUUACUAUCUGUGUUAGAAACGAUAGGAGUAAAUGAAUGUUGUAUUUUAGUAUAUACGUCGGGAACAGUCGGAAAUCCAAAAGCUGUAAUGUUAAACCAUGAUAAUGUUCUGUUCAAUCUACGGGCAUUAUUGUCAAUGCUACGUUUAAAAGAAAAAUCAGAGAUUAUAGUUAGCUAUCUGCCACUGUCUCAUAUAGCAGCACAGCUAAUUGACAUCGUAAUAAACAUUAUGUUAGCGAGCACAGUAUACUUUGCGGACUCAAGUGCAUUAAAGGGUACGUUAAUAAAUACGUUACUUGUUGCACAACCAACUUUUUUCAUAGGGGUGCCCAGAGUAUGGGAAAAGAUAUACGAAAAAAUGCAAGAGAAAGCGCAUAGUAACGGCGUAAUAAAAACCUGGAUUGCUAAAUGGGCAAAAGCACAAGCUUUUCAUUAUUACACGAAUAAAAUAAAUGGCAUAGAUUAUAAACAUUGGGGCUACGUUUUUGCUAAAUGGCUUGUUUUCGAUAAAGUCAAGGCAGCAUUAGGUUUAAACAAGUGUCACAACUUCGUUACCGCAGCAGCACCCUUGAAUACCGAUAUUAAAAAAUAUUUCCUAAGUUUAGACAUGCCUCUAUUAGAGGCAUAUGGAAUGUCUGAAUGUGGAGCUCAUGCAAUAAUUGACAUUAACAAAUACAGCAUGGAUGGUGUAGAAAGAACUUUACCCGGACUAUGUACAAAAUUAGACAAUAUAGAUGAACACGGCGAGGGAGAGAUUUGUAUGAGUGGACGACAUAUAUUUAUGGGUUACUUAAAUGCACCAGAAAAAACCGAAGAAGCCAAAGAUAAAAAUGGUUGGUUACAUAGUGGUGAUCUUGGCAAAUUAGAUUCAAAUGGGAAAUUGUUUAUUACUGGUAGAAUAAAAGAUCUUAUAAUCACAAGCGGAGGGGAAAAUGUGACAUCGUAUAAUAUAGAACAAUCGAUAUUAUCGGAAUUACCAUAUUUAAGUAAUGCUAUGGUAAUUGGAGAUCGUAGGAAAUAUUUAACGGUCCUUAUCACGCUUAAGAGUAAAAUGAAUGAAAAGACUGGCGCGCCGUUGGAUACGCUGGCGCCAGAUGUAUUAAAAUGGGCACAUUCUAUUGAUAGUAGUGCUAAAACAGUUACAGAAGUCAUAAACUCCCGCGAUACAGCCAUAUAUGAAGAAAUCGACAAGGCAAUUAAAAGAGCAAAUAUGCAAGCCAUAAGUAAAGCUCAAAGAGUACAGAAAUUCGAAAUUCUUCCUCAUGAUUUUUCGAUUCCAACUGGCGAAUUGGGGCCCACGUUAAAGCUUAAAAGGAACGUCGUCCAAACGAUGUAUGCUGAUUUGAUAGAUAAAAUGUAUGAAUAAAACUAUGCACUACACAAUAUCAACAUCGACUAACAAUAACAUAAUAUCAAUGUUAUAAUUUUAUAUUCAACAAUAUACAGUGCAACUCCGUUGAUCAUGCUGGGGACAAGAUAGUUCCUGUACCAAGUAAAUCAAAUAAUAGAAGUUCUGUACUUUAUUCCUGAACUUUCUCCUAUAUCAAUACUUUUAAUACCAAUAAUAAGAAUGAAGUCGAACACAUUGAGCUCCUAUUAUCCAAACUAUAAUAACGUAUACACCAUAGUUUGGAGCUCAGCUAAAUUCGUAUAUUUGGAACAGAGAUACGAACUGAUUCAUACAAAUAGAAUAAAAAGACGAAUUCUAUUGUAAAUAUAAUAUAACAUAUGUUAGGGUGCAUCUAGAAAUCUAGAUUAUCAAGCCGAACGUUGAAGCAAACAUUUCAAAAAUAACGCAACAAUACUAGAUACAUAGCUUUGGGUUACUCUCUUCGAAUGGAAAAUUAAACAGGGAUUUACAACUUUCUACAUUUAUUUUUUUGAUAAUGAAGUCUUCCAUAGAGAAGGGGGGUGGAACCCACAUUUUCCGCUUUGCAAAGUCAUUAGCGAGUUCAAGCCGGCAAAGCGGCUAAACAUGCUUACCGAGCGAAUGAGCAUGAUUGGUUCUUAUCAGAUGAAUUCAUAAUCACUCAUGUUUAAUUGCUCGGCGUGCAGGCCUACACUGUAAGAAAUUUCUGUUGUAAACUUCCAAAAGUAUUGGAUGUUUUUAUCCAACAAAAAUGUGUUGUAAAUUUAAACAGUAUUAUAUUGUAAAAUUACAAUAACAUUUUGUGGUAAAGUAUAUGCAAAUCUCUAAUACGCAUGCGCGGCACAUCAGUUUUGUAAAUUCACAACAAAUUUCUAUUGUAAAUUUACAAAUAUUAUGAAAUCACAGCAAAACGUUAUAUGGUUUGUAAAUUUACUGCAC